AUGACUGACUGUAAACCCCUCACUACACCGGCUGCUGUCACAAAAUUAGUCACACCUACGGAGGAACUGUUCGAUAAUCCGACUCAGUAUCGUCGCAUAGUUGGAGCGCUACAAUACUUGACGAUCACUAGGCCGGACUUGGCAUAUGCAGUCAAUCGACUGUGUCAAUUCAUGCACUCACCGACAGUAGACCAUUGGGCCCUUGUGAAACGGGUUCUGCGUUACAUCAAGGGAACUCUCGACUUUGGCCUCCGUCUCGCCCCAUCUUCCUCGACUUGCAUACACGCAUUCUCCGACUCGGACUGGGCUGGUUGUCCAGUAGAUAGAAAGAGCACCAGUGGUUUUGCGGUUUAUCUAGGGACCAACCUUAUUUCCUGGCUGUCGAAGAAGCAACGCACUGUUGCUAGGUCCUCCACUGAAGCUGAGUACAAGGCCCUAGCAGAUGUCUCCGCAGAGGUCACCUGGGUUGUGUCACUUCUACGGGAACUCGGGAUGCAUUCAGGCCAGCCUUCGACGCUGUGGUGCGACAACCUUGGGGCUACUUACCUUUGUGCCAAUCCGGUGUUCCACGCACGCACAAAGCAUGUAGAAAUCGACUAUCAUUUUGUCCGGGACAAGGUUGCUUCCGGAGAAUUCGCAAUCAAUUAUGUAUCUACCACGGAUCAGUUAGCAGAUAUCUUCACCAAACCUCUUUCAGCGUCACGGUUCGCAACUCUACGAGGCAAGCUCAAUGUUGUCUCUCUACAACCUUGCGCUUGA